AUGGGUCAACAACAAUCACAACAAAUACAACAACAGCAACAACAAUUAGAAAACAAUCCAUAUAAUAAAUCUGGAUACCAUGUUUUACAAGUUCAUCAAAAUUCACCAAGUUCUGGAAAAUUAGUACCAUUUUUUGAUUUUAUUGUGGCUGCUAAUCAAGUAGUUUUUGAAAAGGAAGAUACUAGAUUCUCCGAUACAUUUAAGAGUAAUAUUGGUAAACCAGUUACAUUGAUAGUAUAUAAUAUAAAAAGCGAUAGCACCAGAGAGGUACCAGUAAUACCAUCAACUACUUGGGGUGGUCAGGGAUUAGCAGGUAUAUCCAUUCGUUAUUGUUCAUGGGAAAAGACAUUAGAGAAUGUAUGGCAUGUAUUGGAUGUCUAUUUAAACUCACCAGCACACGACGCACAGCUUCAAAGUAGAAUAGAUUAUAUAGUUGGUACACCAGAUUUGAUUUUAAAUGAACAAGAGGACUUUUUCACAUUAAUCAACAACAAUAUGUAUCGUCCAAUUCAACUCUACGUAUACUCUUCAUUAACAGAACAAAUCAGAUUGGUAACCAUCACCCCAAAUAAGAACUGGGGCGGCUCUGGUAGUUUAGGAUGUGAUAUCGGCUUUGGUUUACUCCAUCGUAUCCCCACUAAACAGCAAUUAGCCUCGCCAAUGGUCAAUCCAGGCACUCCAAAUCUUUUACACCAACACCAACAACAACAAGAAAAAAUCGCUCAUCAAAAUAUUCAACAACAAAUUUUAUCAUCAUCACCACAAAACAAACAGCCAUUAUUACCACAACAACCAUUACCAAUAUCACAACCAUUACCAACACCACAACGAGUUGAAUCUUUAAAGCCACCACAAGAUCAAUUUACAGAUAUUAACAUCAAUAACCACCAACAAGAACAACAGUUUUUAACACCACAAAAAGAUGAUGAUACUUUAAUUACCACAAACAACAAACUACACCAACAAAACAAUGAACCAAUAAAAUUUAAUAUGGAAGAAUUACAAGCCGAAUCAAUAGACAAUAGUAAUAUCGAUUUAACUAAUCAAUUUAGUAAAGUUCAAUUGUAA